GGUUUUUAUAACGGAGGUUUGUGUUAAACCAAUUGAGACGUGUUUACAGGAGGUGUUUGGAAAUGGCUUCAGCUGUGGCCAACAGGGCCAUAGGAGCCAUUGUAGGAGCCGCAGUGGCGGAUGCAGCAGCCCAGCCACUCCAUUGGGUAUAUGACCUACAAAAAUUAGAGUCAAUUCUGGCUCAAGACCCAACCCCAGAGUUUCGGGUUGAAUCUUCAAAUCCCUUUUACAGAGUGAAAACAGGCCAACAAAGCUGCUAUGGUGACCAAGCCUAUGUCCUGCUUGAGUCUUUAUCAGAGUGUGGAGGUCUUGAUGUGGAAGAUCUUAAAAAGCGUACGCUGAAAUUCUUUGGUCCAGGUUCCGUGUAUGACACUCCUGUGAAUGAUCCAUACAGGGAGAAAGGAGCCCCAAGACCUCAAUUACCAAUUGAGGGACCAUGGAGGCAUGCAAGUUUGAAGGGUUUCCUAAAAAAUGUGGAUGCAGGCAAAGAAAAUACAGGUUGUGAAACCGACUGUCAGAUUGAUGGAAUAACUAAACUAGCUCCUAUAGUGGCUUAUUACGCUGGGAAACCUGAAAUGUUGGAGAAAGUUGAAGAUGCCAUACGUGUAACCCAGAAUUAUGAUCCUUGUGUAGCAGAGACUCUCGCAGCAGCAAGGUUCCUGGAGCAUUACAUCUUACAUGGCCCUGAUCCCAAUGCCCUCGACGCGGUGAUUGGUCAGCUCAGUGACCCAAAAAGAAACAACCCCCAAGAUCUGGACAGAGCCAUUAUUGGACACCUUAUGCAAGUGAAGGAGAAUUUAUCUAAAAGUCCUAAAAAUCUUAUCCCCUCUGUGUUUCCAAAUACAUGAGGUUUACCUGGUGCAUUCCAAGCUGCUCUGCAUGGAGUCCUCACAGCCACUCAGUUUGAACAGGCUGUUAGGGACACCAUGAGCUGCGGUGGGUGCAGUUGUAGCAGAGGGUCCUUCAUUGGGGCAUGUCUAGGUGCUCAGUUUGGAUUUGAAACAAUUCCAUCUUCAUGGACAUCAAAAACCCUCAGAUAUGAAACAGUGCUAGACCAUGCCAGGAAGAUCACAAAGCAUUACCAAUAGUAGGUCUACAGUACCUGGAUAUUUGCUUUUAUUACGUCAUAAAACUGUUAAACUUUUACAGAUCAGUGAAUGAAGGUUAUUGUCUAAACCAAUGUGUGAUAAUAACCAGAUGUUGUUAUUGUAUCUGUUUAGGGCAUAGCAUGUUUAUGCACAUGGAUCUUUGUAAUAAAUAUGAAUCCAACAAA